AUGCAUGGAUUCAAACGCGUCAAGUACACCCGCGAAGCUCUGGCGGCGAAGAAGGAACGAGAGCAAGCGAAGCUGAAGCAGUUCCAGGACUUGACCGCGGAGGUUCUCGCAAAGAAGAAGAUCGGAGACUACAGCAAAGACGCUUUCGAACUCACCACCAAGUUACUGCAGGUCAACCCGGAGUUCUAUACGAUCUGGAAUUAUCGGCGCACUAUCCUUUUGAAGGGAAUCUUCCAAGACAGCCCACCAACACAAGUGAACGACAUCCUAUCAGACGAUCUCUCCCUUACAACCGCCUUUCUGAAGCAGCAUCCCAAAGUCUACUGGAUAUGGAACCAUCGGCAAUGGUGCUUGCGCAUGGUCCCUGAUGGCCCCACAGACGAGAAACCCUACGAAUGGAGGCAGUCGUAUUGGACCAAGGAGCUUUUUGUUGCCGAGAAGAUGCUAGAAGCUGACUCUCGUAAUUUCAUGGCUUGGAACUAUCGGCGAACCAUUCUCGAGUCCAUGCCCGUGAAGAAACCAGAAACUGCCGACCUUGCCUUCACGAAACGCAAGAUCGAGGCCAACUUUUCCAACUUCAGCGCAUGGCAUCAACGCACCAAAGUCCUCACUUCUUUGUGGGAUGCAGGAAAGUUGGACAAGAAGAAGUCCGUUGAAGACGAGUUUGACCUGGUGAAGAAUGCGAUGUACACGGACCCCAACGAUCAAAGUGUCUGGAUAUACCAUCGUUGGCUUAUUGGUGCUGGCGACAACAUAUCCAUCGUGGAACGAGAGAUCGAGGCCAUCCAAGAGCUUCUCGAAGAGCAGCCCGACAGUAAAUGGUGCAUGGAAUCGCUCGUAUACUACAAACGAUUACUGCUUCGUGCACAUGAAGACACCAUGGAUAGCGGCGAGCGGCAGAGUCUAUCGCAAGCAUGCAACGAUCUAUUGUCACGACUGCAAACCAUCGACCCCGACAGACGACAACGAUACGUGGACAUAGGUGAGAGUUACCCUAGCUUCUUCAGGCUGCGGAGGAUACUCAAUGCAAAGCAUGCCACAGGACGCCAGAACUGA